GAUGUCUUGGCCUAUCAGUCUACGACCGAUCACUCACUCCUACCACCUUUAUUUUUCUUCUAUCCAUCGACAAUACGUAGCCAAGAUCACCAAGCUCUCUAUAUAAACCCAGCCAUAGCUAAUAACAUCACAUGCACCCAAGAAGCCUUUAAGCACUCUAGUACUACUUCCAACUUAAGCCUUCAAAGAUAUUGUCAAUGAUGGUGAGGGUGGUGAUGAUGUUGGCUUUUGCCAUCGCCAUCUCCAUGCUUGAGCUCUUGCAGGCUUUCCGAGUCGGCCAAUUGAGACAAUUAGCAGCUGAACAUAACAUCACUUGUGUCUUGGUUUUCGGUGAUUCGAGUGUCGACCCCGGGAACAACAACCACCUCGCCACCAGCUUUAAGGGCAACUUCCCUCCCUACGGGAAAGAUUUCUUUGAUGCUCUCCCUACCGGAAGGUUCUCCGAUGGAAGGCUUGCUACAGAUUUUAUUGCGGAAGCAUUGGGUUAUACAAAGAUAAUACCAGGCUUUCUGGACCGGAAUCUCAAGGUUGAAGAUCUCUUACAUGGAGUUAGUUUCGCAUCGGCUGCUUCUGGUUACGAUGAUCUCACCGCCAAUCUGACGAACGUGUUGUCAUUUUCCAAGCAAAUAGAAUACUUCAAACAUUAUAAGCUCCACAUGGGAAGGUUCGUUGGACAGAAGAAAGCAGAGGAAAUCACUCAACAUGCACUCUUUAUAUUGAGUAUGGGGACGAAUGACUUUAUUCAGAACUACUACUUGGAGCCUACUCGCUCCAAGCAAUACAAUUUGGAAGAGUACCUGGAUUACCUCACCAAAUGUAUGGCGGAUGACAUUAAGGCAUUGCAUGCUCUCGGAGCCAGAAGAUUUGUGAUUGUGGGCGUCCCUCCAUUAGGGUGCAUGCCACUAGUGAAGACGCUAAUGGGUGCAACGACAUGUGUGGAUAGUUACAAUAAUGCAGCGCUCUUGUUCAAUUCCAAGGUAAGGAAUUUGCUGCCCAGACUAGGGACGUCGUUAGGGGUGAAAGCUGCAUUCGUGGAUGCAUACGCCAUCAUUCAGCGCACCAUGAACAACCCAUCAAAAUACGGUUUCACUGAGGCUUCAAAGGGGUGCUGUGGGUCAGGGACGAUCGAAUUUGGUGAGACUUGCAGAGGGAUGAGUACAUGUGAGGAUCCACACAAGUAUGUCUUCUGGGAUGCUGUCCAUCCUACAGAGCAAAUGUAUAGAAUUGUGGCCGCCGAUGCCCUCAAAUCCGUCGCCGGAAUGGUUAUUGUCUAGGGAGCCACUGUCAUUACAGAUUAAUUUACAGUAUGUUGGGUUGAGCAUUCUUCUUUCUUUAGUAGGCAAGUGUGAUAGUGGAUAGGUUCAUCUUGUUAUUAGCUUCAAUACAUACACAAGAAUAUUGUAUUACUAGCUGAGUAGCUGUAACCCGUGCCAUGAACGGGAACGGGCUGGUCUUGUUUAGAAAUUAGAAUUGAUGGCUAUUGAGAAUUAAUGGUUAAUUUGUUAAAA